ACACACACACACACACACACACACACACACACACACACACACACACACACACACACACACAGAGACACUGAUAGGAGGAGUUGCCUAGAACACUAUGUUGGAGUGUGGAUCACUUGGUGGCUGACCUGGUCCUCAAGAGACUAGAUCCACUUCUGGACAUUGCAUUAACUCUGCCAUCCAUCCAUCCAUCUUUCUCCAGUUGUCAGCUAUGCUUUCCUUCGCCACCCUCACCCUCCGUCUAGGGUCCACGGGAUGCAGAGGAGGCAGGCGCAACCUGGCGAUAGUUGUCUCGGGCAACAAGACGUCUCAGCUGGUGAGGGAAAAGUUGAAAGAGGACUUGGACAAGAUGAGGGGCCAGUUCCCUGGCUUCCGGCCAGGUCUGGUAGUGUUGCAGGUGGGUGACAGAGAGGAUUCUAACCUCUACAUUAGCAUGAAGCUAAAAGCCGCAGCUGAGAUUGGAAUCAAUGCCAACCAUGUCAGACUGCCAAAGACUGCAACAGAGGAUGAGGUCCUCCGUAGAAUUGAAGAGGUCAAUGAGAACCUAGAGGUUCACGGCCUCAUUGUCCAGCUGCCCCUGGACUCUAUCAACCCCAUGGACACAGAGAAGGUGACUAAUGCCGUGGCCCCAGAAAAGGAUGUGGAUGGGCUGACCAGUAUCAACGCGGGGAAGCUCUCUCGGGGGGACCUGGGGGACUGUUUCAUCCCCUGUACUCCUAAAGGCUGCAUGAAGCUCAUUAGUCAGACAGGCAUGUCAGUGGCGGGGAAGAACGCUGUGGUGAUUGGCCGUAGCAAGAUUGUGGGAGCGCCUAUGCACGACCUGCUUCUAUGGAGCCAUGCCACCGUGACCACCUGUCAUUCCAAAACGACUGACCUGGCUGCACAAGUAGGAAGGGCAGACAUAUUGGUGGUGGGUGCAGGCAAGGCGGAGAUGGUGAAAGGCGAGUGGUUGAAGGAGGGCGCUGUGGUUAUCGACUGUGGCAUCAACCACAUCCCAGAUGACAGCAAAGCCAAUGGGAUGCGAGUGGUGGGGGACGUGCAUUACCCCUCUGCCAAGGAGAAGGCUGGGUUUAUUACCCCUGUGCCCGGGGGAGUGGGACCAAUGACCGUUGCUAUGCUCAUGGAGAACACUGUCCAGAGUGCAAAGCGCUUUCUCAAGACGUACCAGCCAGGAAAGUGGAACAUUUCCUACACCAAGCUAAAGCCACAGAAACCUCAACCCAGUGACACCGCGAUCGCACACUCCUUCACGCCAAAGACAAUUGGCCGUCUGGCCCGGGAGGUUGGCCUCUUCUCAGAGGAGGUGGAGCCCUACGGGACGACCCGAGCCAAAGUUCGUCUGGAGGCCUUGAACCGCCUCAAGACACAGCCUGAUGGGAAAUAUUUGGUGGUCACAGGGAUCACACCCACGCCACUGGGUGAGGGAACGACAACCACCACGCUGGGGUUGGCACAGGCCCUAGGGGCACACCUUCAUGUCAACAGUUUUGCCUGUGUGCGCCAACCCAGCCGGGGCUCAAACUUUGGGGUCAAAGGGGGUGCUGUUGGAGGUGGUUAUUCCCAGGUCAUUCCUAUGGAAGAGGUCAGUCUCCACCUCAGCAGUGACACACAAGCUGUCAUGGCAGCCAGUAGCCUGGUGGUGGACACCAUCAAUGCACGUGUGUUAUCCGAGUCAACACAGUCAGAUAAGGCUCUCUUUGAUUGGCUGGUGCCACUGAGGGACGGUCACAGGAAGUUCUCCCUGUCCCAACUCAAUAGGCUGAAGAGACUGGGUAUAGAGAAACCAGAAACCCUGAAACCAGAGGAGAUAUACAGAUUUAUCCGUUUGGACAUUGAUCCAGAGACCAAGACGCUGAGUGGAUCUGUGGCCAGUGAGAUGAUGGCUGUGCUGGCCCUCAGUACCAGUCUGGGAGACAUGACGCGCCGCCUGGCCAGGAUGGUGGUGGCCUACAGCCGCAAGGGGAAGCCAGUCACAACAGAGGACCUGGGUAUUAGUGGAGUGUUGGCCACGUUGAUGAGAGAUGCUGUGAAGCCCAGUCUAAUGCAGACCAUGGAGGGGACACCUGUGUUUGUUCACACCUGUCCAUUGUCAGAUAUUGCCCAGGGCAACUCGUCCAUCCUGGCUGACCAGAUCGCCUUAAAGCUGGUGGGCCCAGAGGGGUUUGUGGUCACCGAGGCAGAAGGAGGUGCUGAAUUAGGCAUGGAGAAGUUCUUCGACAUCAAGUGUCGCUCUUCGGGCCUGCAUCCUGACGUGGUGGUGAUGGUGGCUUCGGUUCCUGCCCUGAAGAUGCAUGGGGGUGGACCUGCGGUCACGGCAGGUUCAGCCAUGCCGAAGGAGUACUCAGCGGAGAACCUGACGUUACUGGAAAAUGGCUGCAACCACUUGAAGAGGCAGCUGGAGAAUGCCCGGGCCUUUGGCUUACCUGUUGUUGUAGCCAUCAACACCUUCAGCACCGACACCGAUGCAGAGUUGGGCCUGGUCUGUGAACAGGCUAAACUGGCAGGGGCCUUGGAGGCGGUGCCAUGCUCACACUGGGCUGAAGGGGGUGCCGGAGCGGUGGCGCUGGGUCAGGCGGUACAGAGGGCAGCUGAGACACCACACCAGAUGAACUUCCUGUAUGACCUGGAGAUGCCCAUUGACGACAAAAUCAGAGCAAUAGCCAAGUCAAUGUACGGAGCGGAUGAUGUGGAGCUCCUUCCUCAGGCCCAACAGAAGGUGGCGCUGUUCUCAAAACAAGGCUUGGGCAACCUGCCCAUCUGCAUGUCAAAGACCCACCUGUCCCUGUCCCACGACCCAGAGAGGAAAGGGGUGCCCACCGGCUUUACCUUGCCCAUCAGGGACAUCCAUGCCAAUUUGGGUGCUGGUUUUCUCUACACCUUGGUUGGCACGACGAGUGUACCACCCCAAUCUCCAGCCUUCUCCUGUUUCCAUGACAACGACUUCAGCACCGAGAGCAAAUAGUCCCUGCCUCCUCUCGGGAAAAAGGGUUCCAAAAGGAUUAUCUUGCUAUUGUUGCUUUAUCUUGCUAUUGUACCGUUUUUUGUUCUAUGUACAACCGUCGGGUUCCAUGAACCGAACAGGGUUUUACCUGCAACCCAAAAUAAUGAUCCAAAGGGUUAUCCUAUGGGGACAGCCAAAUAACCCUUUUAGGUUCUAGAAAGCCCCUCAUUUUCUAAGAGUGUACCACCAUUCCUUUUUUCCACUUCACUUCUCUCCCUCCCCUGCAUUUCUCUCCCAUCCCUUCCUCUCUUGCCUGUCUCUUUAGCCUCUCUUUUCUCUCUCUCUCAUCUCCUCUUUUCCAUCCGUCCUUCUCCCACCCUCCUUAAUCCUUUUCUUUCUAUGUGCUUUUCUCAAAGAGUUGGACGUCAUUCAUCUCAAGAGCAGUGAAGACCUCUGUCCCCUCCAACUACUGUCAGCAACAGUCAACCACAGUGCAACAGGCAAGCCAGUGAUCAAACCAUUGAGAACUGCAAUAGAACCAAAGCAAUGUUCUUCAACCCUGGUCCCGGGGAACCCACAGGGUGUGCAGGCGUCAGGCGAGUUUGCUAGUGCUGGGCUGGAACAAAAGGCUACACACGCUGCGGUUGAAGAACACUGCCUCUACACACAGUACCAUUAUCAACCACACACUCAGUAAAUCAGCUAGCUACCAUUCUUUUUAGAUAUACUGUAACAACCCCUUUCAUUAAAUGUGGACCAAACAAGGAGAACAAAAUGAAGAUAAAAAGACAUAAGAGAAGAAAAAAGGCAAUAUGCUCCAUCUCACACCUGCUCUCCACUCCCUGUUGGACCACGUUCGUUGGACUCUCUCUCUCUCUCCUCAAUUAACUAAAUUAACUCAAUUAACUCAAUUAAAUUUAAGGGCUUUAUUGGCAUGGGAAACAUAUGUUAACAUUGCCAAAGCAAGCGAAGUAGAUAAAACAAGUGAAAUUAACACAUUAAUAGUAAACAUUACUCACAAAAGUUCCAAAAGAAUAAAGACAUGUCAAAUGUCAUAUCAUGUGCAAAUAGUUAAAGUACGAAAGGGAAAAUAAAUAAACAUACAAAU